GCCCGCAGCCGGCAGUGGUCGAAACGCUGCGCGGCGCGCCAGGCAGCAGCCGGUGCGCAGAACGGCCGAGCGGCACCGGCGGACACCCGAGCGGCACCCGCGGACACCCGAGCGGCACCCGCGGACACCCGGCACACCGUGCAGCCCGGGCGCAGCGCACCGCGCCAGUGAGAGGAACGCGGGCGGGGGAUGCGACAGCGCCCGAGCCGCCCCACCCGAGCACAGUGCAACCCCGAGACUCCCUCGGCAUGGACAUAUUCACGCACGACCAGGGCCUGGGCGUGGCCGGCGGUGGUGGCGGCGGCGGCCUGCCCGAGCUGGACGACUUCCCCAAGGUGACGUUCGAUACCACCACCGACCUCAGCGGGUUCGCCUUCUUCGACGCGUCGGCGCCGCUCUCGCCGAACCACCUGAAGAAGGAGGCGGAGGCCGCCGCCGAGGAGCCGCCGUGCAGCCCGCCGGCCGACUACGGCGCCCUGCUGCCGCCCACGCCGCCUGCGGGCACCUCCUCGGCGGGCGCGGCGGCCCCCAGCCCCGGGCCCGCGCCCGCCCAGCCCGCCCUCGUCAUCAGCGACGCGUCCUCGUCGACUCCCUCCUCGUCGGCGGCGCCCGCGUCGAGCUCGACGCCGCUCGUCUCGCCGGCCACGUCGUCGGCCGGUCGCGCCGACGGACCGUCAAAGUCAGAGCAAAAUGUGGUGCUGGCCGACUCCAAUACGUCGUCACCCAACAAAACAUUCGUGCCGUGCCGCGUGUGCGGCGACAAGGCGUCCGGUUACCACUACGGCGUCACCUCCUGCGAGGGAUGCAAGGGGUUCUUCCGAAGAAGUAUACAGAAACAAAUAGAAUAUAGAUGUUUACGAGAAGGAAAGUGUUUGGUGAUACGCUUAAAUAGAAAUAGAUGUCAAUAUUGUAGAUUCAAGAAAUGUUUAGCUGUUGGGAUGUCCAGAGAUUCUGUGCGGUACGGCCGGGUACCGAAGCGAAGUCGGGAGCGGUGCGAGCUGGAGGGCCGCGUGCCCAGCUCGGACGACGACCAGUCACGGGACAUGGAGACCAGGCAGCUGGCCAUCUAUGACGUCAUCCUGACGGUGUCGCAGGCGCACCACGCCCACUGCUCUUUCACCGAGGAGAAGACGCGCUCGCUCACCCGGAGGCCGGCCGUGUUCGACUUUUCACCGCCGUCGGGCAGCGCAGAUGGCGCCACCUCCACGGCCGAGGCCGCCGAGCACCGGCGCGUUGUCGUCUGGCAGACGUUCGCCGCCAUGCUCACCCCGUCCAUCCAGAGGGUGGUCGAGUUCGCCAAACGGAUACCAGGUUUUCUGGAGCUCAGCCAGGACGACCAGCUGAUCCUGAUCAAGGCGAGCUUCUUCGACGUGUGGCUGGCGCACGCGUCUCGUCUGGUCAGCCCGGUGGACGGCACGGUCACCUUCUCGGACGGACAGUACAUCGGCCGACAGCACCUCGACAUCAUGUUCAACAGUGAGCUGACCACUGCCGUGUUCGGGUUCUGUGUCGGCCUGAACGCGCUGAAGCUGAACGAUACGGAGGUGGCGCUGUUCUGUUCGGUGGCGCUGAUGGCCUCCAGCCGGCCAGGCGUCACCAACGCCAAACUCGUCGACGCCCACCGCGACAAGCUGCUGGAGGCGCUGAAAAUCCAGCUGGCGCGGAACCACGUCUCGGAGCAGAACAUCUACAACACGCUGCUGCUGAAGCUGCCCGAGCUGCAGGCACUGGGCCGCCGCCACCUGGAGCAGCUGCACUGGUACCGCGCCCGCUGGCGGCACCUCCAGCUGCCCGCACUGUUCGCAGAGAUAUUCGACGUGCCCCGGCACGAGACGGAGGAGCUGGCGCAGUGACCCCGCCCGGUGAGCAGCGGCCAGUGAUCUGCUCUGUGCUGGCGGUGCCGACUGAGGUGCGCCCGCCGUCAUCCGGUCUGUGCGGCCACCGGGGUCUGAUAUCGGCACCCUCAGCCCACGACGGGACGACGGGGUCUGAUAUCGGCACCCUCAGCCCACGACGGGACGGCGGGGUCGGAUGUCGGCACCCUCAGCCCACGACGGGACGACGGCCGGUCAGCGAAGGUCCGCAGGUGUUCGGCAGCAGUCGCUGGUCCGCCAGGAGCCGCCAUAUCAACGGGAGCGCGAGCGGCGGGGCACGGCGCGCCGCUCCGGUCCCCGGCUGCUGAGGGGCCGGUCCCCGGCUGCUGAGGGGCCGGUCCCCGGCUGCUGAGGGCCGGUCCCCGGCUGCUGAGGGCCGGUCCCCGGCUGCUGAGGGGCCGGUCCGGUCUGGUCCCCGGCUGCUGAGGGGUGGUCCCCGGCUGCUGAGGGGCGGUCUCCGGCUGCUGAGGGGCCGGUCCGCGGCUGCUGAGGGGCGGUCCGGUCUGGUCCCCGGCUGCUGAGGGGCCAGUCCCCGGCUGCUGAGGGCCGUUCCGGUCUGGUCCCCGGCUGCUGAGGGGCGGUCCCCGGCUGCUGAGGGGCCGAUACCGGCCAGCCCGACCGCACAGGGGAGGCUCGCGGGGCUGUCGGACGUCCGUGACGCGUCACGGUGAACGUCACCGAUCGAAUUUGUCUUCUCAGCUCGCGUCAGAGCGUGUUCAAAGCGCGCGGCGGACAGACACUGCAGCGUUUGUCUAGCAUUAUUAUACGGGUUACCGCACCUGUCUGUUGAAGGCCGCGCGUGCACCGGGUGCCGGCGGUGAGCCCGUUUCUAGGAUGUCUGUGUGCUGGUUUGUGUGUGUGUGCGUUUUUGUGCGUGCGUAUGUCAUUUGCAUGCAUUAUCACGUUUGGAUUUGCUGCGCUUCGUUAGUUGUGAGACAACCUAGUUGUUGGUUGCUGGUAGCUGUGUGCGUCUUUAGGGCAGCGCGACGCGCUGGAACUGAUGGGCAUUUUGCGCGACAGUCGCGGACAUAUAGUGACACUGUAACUGGAGGGCAUUUACGGCUGAGACGCCGUCGCGGUGAGACCGCGCUUCAUGAGAUAGUGGUGUGCCGCAGAGAGCUGACUGGGCCGGUCACACGGGAGCGGAGUGGGCCGUGCCAGCCCCAUACGGGAGCCGGGUGGGUGGCCAGCAGCCGCGGGCCCGUCCCCGGCCGGCACGCGCCGCCCGGUCGGCAGCAUUCCACGCGGCUUUACGGCGCUUUCCCCGCGCCGACGCGGGUCGGUGGGUGGUUCUCACGCUCGGCACGGUGUACUUGGGGUGAUGCGCCGCGCGGUGACCUCAGCUAGUGUCUCCAGUCGGCCGGAGCGGCGACUCUGCAAUCGCGGGCAUUUGGUGGGGAGCUGGGGCGCGGUCGGAGAGGCCGUGGGUGCUCCGGCCGGGACCGGCGCGAUGGGCCACGCCGUCGGCCGGCAGCCGGCCCGGCUCACGGCCUCUUUGUUAUGCUUUGUAGGGCUGGGUAGGAGGUUACCUUUUUACUCAACUUUGAUACAUAUACCUAUAUGGUUGUUCUGUUUGUUGGUCGGCUCUAAUGUCUACGUGCCGUUGUUGUUUUGUUACGGCCCGGCUGAGGCUGCUUUGUUACGAUGUUUGAGGUCACCUGUUCGCUCGUGCGUUUUGUUACCAGCUGCUAGAUACUAGUUAUUUUGUUAAAGCUUUUGUGAAUAUUGCGUAUAUCAAAAAUAUCCCCUAGCCAUAGUACCUAAUUAUCCAAUACCUACCUUUGCAUACAAAAUGUCGGCGUCGGUUGGCCCACGUCCGGCGGAAAUCGUGUACAUUUAUGUAUCAUUUGUAGAAAGCGACGUUGUUAAUAUAUUUGCAUGAUUUUA